UGCUGCCUGUGCCUGCUGCCAGUGCUGCCUUGUGAUCCUUGUGAUCAACUGUUGUCGAGUGUCAAUCUCAUAUAUAACCAAAAAAAAAUUGCGGUUCGAAUAUUGUCGGAUUCUCUUGAGUGCGUGGUUACAAAUUGAGAUCUUUUAGUAAACAAUUGAAAACUGUUAUCUUGCUCCACGAUUAAACCGAUUUUGUGAUAAAUAUUCUCCAAACGAUGAGUCGCCGACGUGCUCACGAUGAUGAAGAUGGAUACGAUCGAGUUUACAAGAAGCGUCGCAGGGUUUCAGAAAAUCAAGAGAUUGAAGAUCGUCUUGAGUCACUUAUCUUACGAGUUGGUGAGAAAUCGACGUCGUCACUGGAAAGCAAUCUCGAAGGUUUAGCAUCUGUAUUGGAGGCAGAUUUGGGAGCAUUUCGAGGCAAAAUACUUCGAAUACUGACUGAUUGUGCCAUUAAAAUGCCAGAAAAAUGCACAAUUUAUACGACUCUAGUUGGCCUUCUGAAUGCUAAGAAUUUCAAUUUUGGUGGCGAGUUUGUCGACUACAUGGUGAAGAAUUUUAAAGAAGCUUUGAAAGCGUGCAAAUGGGAUGCUGCGAGAUACUCCUUAAGAUUUCUUGCCGAUCUUGUCAAUUGUCACGUACUCUCCUGUGGCUCGCUUAUGCAAUUGUUCGACAGUAUGCUGGAUGCUGCUAAUGAGGACAGUGUUCCUCAAGUCAGAAGAGAUUGGUACGUUUUCGCAGUUUUGUCCACAUUGCCGUGGGUCGGUCGGGAAUUAUACGAGAAGAAGGAACAAGAAUUAGAACACUUGAUGGUGACGAUAGAAAUAUUUUUGAACAAAAGAAGCAAAAAACAUCAACCAGCGUUAAGAGUUUGGUCAAGCGACACGCCUCAUCCACAAGAGGAAUACCUCGACUGUUUGUGGGCUCAGGUGCGAAAGUUGCGACAGGAUAACUGGGCAGAGAAACACAUUCCGCGACCGUAUCUCGCUUUUGACUCGAUUUUAUGCGAAGCUCUUCAGCAUAAUUUGCCUGUUUUGUUACCGCCCCCUCAUCACGAAUCUUAUUUGUACCCUUUGCCGACCGUCGUCUUUCGAAUGUUCGAUUACACUGAUUGUCCUGCCGAAGGACCUGUUCUUCCGGGAAGCCAUGCGAUCGAGAGGUUCCUUAUAGAGGAACACUUGCGACAGAUCAUCGACACAUGCUACUAUGAACGAAAAGAUUGUGCUGCUCAUCUAUUGAAUUUUCCAUACAAAGCAAAAAUUCCUCUGGAUUAUUGCAUCGUGGAAGUAAUUUUUGGCGAAUUAUUCAAAUUACCAACUCCAAAGCAUCUGGAAAUAUCAUAUGGUGCCAUUUUGAUCGAAUUGUGUAAACUUCAGCCUUCGACGAUGCCACAAGUUUUGGCUCAAGCAACGGAGAUUCUGUUUCGUCGUAUUGACAGUAUGGCAGCAGCAUCUUUCGAUCGUUUCGUUUGGUGGUUUGCUUACCACUUGAGCAACUUCCAGUUCCGUUGGUCCUGGGAAGACUGGGAUUCUUGUUUACAACGAGAAGCAGAACAUCCUCGUCCAAAAUUCAUUCGGGAAGUGCUGCUUAAAGCCUUACGAUUAUCUUAUCAUCAAAGAAUUCGCGACAUGAUGCCGGAAUCAUACGCUGAACUUAUUCCGGCGGUUCCCGAACCAGUAUACAAAUAUACAUCGGAAGGAGCGAGUUCUCUGCCAGGAACUGCUGCAGCUCACGAAUUGGUUGUCGCCAUAAGACGCAAAUGUACUGCCGAAGAAGUUUUGACCGUCCUAAACACGCUUCCGGGUCAAGGAGAAAAUGAGGAACCGAACAGUUUCAAUCAUUUAAAAAUUGACGUCUUUGUUCAAACGUUGUUGAACCUCGGAUCGAAAAGUUUUAGUCACAGUUUCGCGGCUAUUGGCAAAUUUCAUUAUGUUUUUAAGGUUCUUGCGGAAACUGAGGAGGCUCAGAUAUGUAUUCUGCGAAAUAUGUUCGCUCUAUGGAAAAAUCAUUACCAAAUGAUGGUUGUACUGACUGACAAGUUUUUAAAGACUGGAAUAAUUGAGUGUAGCGCAAUCGCCAAUUGGAUAUUUUCUAAGGAGAUGGCUUCUGAAUUCACGAAACUUUACAUUUGGGAAAUUUUACACCUCACGAUUCGCAAGAAGAAUCAGCACGUCAUUAAGUUGAACACUGAGCUUUCUGAAGCGAGAGAGAAACUCAGAAGAGCUGAGAGCAGAUCCGGAACUUCCUCCGAGGACGAAGAUAACGUUAACAAGGAUAAGAGCGGCGGAGAACGCCCAUCCGAAGAUUUUGUCGAACGAAUGGAAGAAAAAUUGGAAGCUGCUCAAGCAGAUCAAAAAAAUCUCUUCCUCAUUAUUUUCCAGCGUUUCAUCAUGAUCUUGUCGGAGCACUUGGUACGUUGUGACACCGAUGGAAUUGACUACAAUACUCAUUGGUACAGAUGGACCAUUGGACGACUCCAACAAGUUUUCUUAUCGCAUUACGAACAAGUAAUGAAAUAUUCGUCAACGUUGGAGACUUUGCUGUUCACUCCAGACCUGGAUCCUCACAUUCUCGACGUGUUCCAUCAGUUCGUGUCACUACGUGCUUAAGAGACAAUGUAGUUGAAGUUUUAAAGUUAGCUUUGAAAAAACUUGCAAUUAUCUGCAUGGUCGCUGCGAUUGUCAAUUUUCUGUUCGGAAUUUUUUCUUUUUCUUUUUUUCGAUUUUCUUGGGGAGUUUGCGUCUUACGCACGUUAUUUCCUUUGAUUUAUGACGUUACUUGAUUGUUACUUUUACGACCAUGGAAUUGUAACAUAAUAUUUGUGAAAAAUAACGUUGACAUGCAGGGUUCUUUCUUACCCUGAUUUUCAUCAUUGUGCAACGACUGUUGCACUGUAUAACAAAAUAACAGUUUUCGAAUCAUGGGAGUCUCCUUAAUAUAUAUGUAUAUCUAUAUAUAAAUGAAAACGUGUUUGUCUUUGCAGACCCCAUCGUCCAUGAAUUUCGAUCAAGUUCAAUCUCGUUUCGUUUAUUUAAGCGUGACGAAUGUUGCGUGUCCGCAGAUUUUUCAAUUUUUUAAUGUUCAGUCAAGUUUUUCUUCGUUAAAGUCAACCAACGUGUUGAAAAAAUAAUUUAAACAAAUAUAAAUUGCAGUACCGGAGCUAAAUUCAGGCGUUGUUCAUCUCUGGUCUGUUCUCCAACUUUUUGGCCAAGUUUUAUUCCAUUUGUAAGUCUUGGAUCUGUGAGAAUAAUAUUUUUAUGAAAAUACACGAAAAAAAAACAA